AUUAUGUUUCAGUUUUACCAACGGGGGACAACUUUGUACCUGACAUUUAGCAGUUUCCAAGAGUCUUUGAAGGUAGCAUGUUGUCUGACUGCUGAGACUGAGGAGAUGAGUAGACGAGGCUCCGCCCCCUGCUCGUGAAGCGCGGCAGCCUAACUGAAACAGUCAGGUACAUUCACGGAUACCUCAAGGCGACCAUCUCUACUCCGCUCCUCAGGAGUCUACGCCAACGUCAGAGCCAAUAUGGGGCGGAAGGAGAUCAUCUGCAGCUGGAAGAAAAGCACCAGUAACAUCAAGGAUGUGUUUGACUUCAAGGGGAAAAUGGGAUCGGGAUCUUUUUCAGAGGUUUUUAUGGUGAGAGAAAAGAAAACAGGAAAACUGUACGCCUUGAAAUGUCUGAAGAAAAAACACCUCGCUCAUAGCAACCUGGAGAAUGAAAUCAAUGUAUUGAGAAGGAUAAAGCAUGAGAAUGUGGUGGGACUGGAGGAUUUCUAUGAGAGUCGAACACACUAUUACCUGGUCAUGCAACUGGUGUCAGGCGGGGAGCUGUUUGAUCGCAUCUUAGACAAGGGGGUUUACACCGAGAAGGAUGCCAGCACAGUCAUCAAACAGGUGCUGCAGGCCGUCAGCUACCUGCACGAAAACAGCAUCGUACACAGGGACCUUAAGCCUGAGAACCUGCUGUACUAUAACACAGAUGAGAAUGCUAAGAUCAUGGUCAGCGACUUUGGUCUGUCUAAGACGUUGGAGCAUGGUGUGAUGUCCACAGCCUGUGGUACACCAGGAUAUGUUGCCCCUGAGGUUUUGGCCCAGAAACCCUAUAGCAAAGCAGUGGACUGCUGGUCCAUUGGAGUUAUCACUUACAUCCUGCUCUGCGGCUACCCUCCAUUCUUUGAAGAGAAUGAUACUCGUCUGUUUUCAAAGAUCAUGAGAGCAGAGUACGCCUUUCAUUCACCCUUCUGGGACAACAUCUCUGAGUCAGCCAAAGACUUCAUCAGGAAUAUGAUGGAGAAAAACCCCACAAAACGCUUCCUCACCGAACAGGCACUCAGACACCCCUGGAUAGCUGAAAACACAGCUAAAGACCUCGACAUUUAUCAGUCUGUCUGUGAACAGAUGGAGAGAAACUUUGCCAAAUCCAAAUGGAAGCAAGCCUUCAAUGCAGCCUCAGUAAUCCACCACAUGAAGAAACUGCAGUUGUCCCAGAGUGAGCCCUCUCCCUCUCCCCUCUCCAUGCCCCACAUCAUAGUACAGUCCUCCGCCCAGAAUGACCUGGAUGCGCUGGGACCCUGCCAUAAUGAGGCUGACGCCCUCGACCCAAAUGGGAAUCCCGUUCAUGCCACCAAUCAUCUACCCUGCAGUAAUCCUGAGUCGAGCAGAGGUCUCUGUCCACCACUGAGAGCCAGUCACAGUGAGUCUGGCAAAGCCCUCACCGUUGAUGAGUCAGGAGAAGUCAAUAACUUCCAUUCAGAGAUCGACGCUCCUUUCAGGCCAUCCAAGAGCCUGGAUGCUGUGGCUCAGAGGAAGGACCAGCAGCUUCAGUCAGGAGUGUGUUCUCUCAUGUGAUUGGCUGCUAACCUGAUAAAUCUCAUGCAGGUAGAGAGUCAUCUCUAUACCUGCUUGUCGACUACACAAAUUACUGACUCAAACCAGCCUGUAAUUGAUAACUAAUUUUCAAAAAUCUCUCUUUUUUUAGUUUGUCUCUUGAGUUAACAGCAGUUGAGUUGAGUGGCAUCCGUUUUGGUAUAAAGACGUUGAUACAUCUGCUGCUCAGCUUUUUCAUUUCUGAUGUGGUUCUCUGCUGCAGAAAACAUGCUCCAUUGACAGACACAUCCAUUAUCUACAUUGUAAAAACACUAUAACAUGGAAUGAAUAUGCAGUGAACACCCCAUUAAAACAGACACAAGCAGGAAUUCAUCAUUUAGAAUUAAUUCACAUUUAUUUUCUCAAAGCUAUUAUUAUCUAUUGUAUCUAUUACUGUGAACAUGUUACUACAUACCAUUAAAAAUGUAUUUGUUUUGAAUAUAUUUAGCUGACAUAUGCAGUGUGAAAGCUAAUUAGUUUUUUUGAGACUGACAUGACUUUGAAUUCCAGUGGUUUCUAAGUUUUUAUAAAGCUGAAAAGCUUUUUCAGAUUCCGAAACUUCAGAGUCAUGUCAUUUGUAAGCUCAUAUCUUUAUUAAGAUACUUAAUUUAUAUUCACCAUUUACAGUAUAACAAAAUCUGGGAAUGUACUGUAGUGUUUGGACUCCUUUUGAACCUGUAUAUAUUAUUAUUUUUCCAUUUAUGCUGGAUUACAUUGAUGGAUUACAAGUCCAACUUCCACUGUACCCAAAGAGAUGGAUGGAAAAUGUUCUUUUUAUUCAUGAGAUUAAACUUUAUUUUGAGGUGGAGUCAUUGACACACAGCAAGUGUGUGUUUUCUGUGAUAUGUAUAUAAACUGCUCUCUUGUUAAACUGAAUUUAUCAAGUGCCACAAGCUGAUGUGAAGAUGCUGUCAACACUAGUGAAUUCACAAAUGUAGUGACUUACAUGGUUUUUGUAUUAUUUUCUCAAUAAAUAUGUAGUAACUAGUC